AUGUUGCUCAUUCGGCAUGAGAUGCGGUCUGGAAACGUCCUGCACUUCUCCUAUACACCUCUAGAGGACUCAUCCAAGGUUUUAAUAUCACGGAGGCUGGCAGACUCGCUCGAGCUCAUGUGGUAUGUUGGCUUGUUCGCGGCUGUGAAGUACGAAUGCGUUGCCGAGAUUGUGUCUCCGGCGGCCAUUAUCAGCAUUCAAAAUAUUGUCCGGAUGCGUUCCAGUCGGACGCCGGGGGUUUCGGACAUUGCGUGGUCGCAUUUCGCGUGGGCCCGUCCUGCACCACGUCACGCACUUGAAUGCUCUGCACGCAUUCAUGCGGCCAAAGAAGGAAGAAUCGACCUAGACCAGUGGUGUUUCGACCACGUCCAAUCUAGGUCUGUCAUGGAUGUGAUUUACCAGCUCCGCGACAAGAGAGCUGCAUCUGAAUUCGAGAUUGAGAUAGCGCGGGUUUGA